UACCGCCAUACUUCUACACCAUGCACAUGCGCACCCCCGAUAAAAUGGUGUACGAUGGGUGUUGAAUAGUGAGAGGAGCUUGUCAAAUUUGAUUAGUGUAAUCGUUGAACGGAAGAAAAUGAAAUGAAGGAGAAGUACGUCAUGUAUGGCGGCCCGCGGAAAGUAUGCGAUAGAGACACGCAGUUCGCCCCGCACGGGCUCUGCAUUCCGUCGGAUUAAUGAUCAAUGGCUUUAUUUGAGAAGCGAUACACGAAUAAAGUGCUGCUAGAUGAUACAGAAAAGCUGACGAGCGUCAUUGAAAAUGCAAGAACAAUCGACGGACAUACGGAGUACGUAAUUAAAAUACAAAGAGGUCCACUUCCAGAGAAAUCUUGGAGAGUUAGCAGACGUUACAAUGACUUUGUACAGCUUAAUGCAGCUUUGUGUAUAUCAGGCAUUGACCUGGCACUUCCUCCAAAGAAAAUUAUUGGUAAUAUGGAACCAGACUUUAUAGCUCAGCGUCAAAUAGCACUACAGAAUUAUCUAAACAAUAUACUAAUGAAUCCUAUAUUGGCAUCAUCACUUCCUACGAAAAAAUUCUUAGAUCCGGAUAAUUACACAGCACCGUUACAUGGUAUGAUCUAAUUAUAAUAAUCAAAGCUGUUUAAUGAAUGUAAUAAUGUAAUUAAAAAAAUAGCUUUGCAACAGGUGUCACUAGCCUUGCGCAGUGAUGCAAAUUUUGAAGUGUGCAAAGCCAUUCCUGAUAUGGGAUGGCGGCUGAG